CUGUGAACUUCAGCGUCUUUAUGGUCAUAUAGAACUAAAAUUCAGUUUAAAUGAGUUGAGAAAUCUUAAUCUGUUUUAACAACAUUUUGCGAUGGAAUUGUUUUUCUUAGAAUGGCUUGCAGCCAAAGCUUUGAUCAGCUCCACCCUAAUUUGCAAAAAACUGUGGUCUGUGUCUUAACCUUUUAUUUCCUAAAAAAAAUUCAAAAUGAAACUCCUUAUUUAUUUCUUCAGGUAAUUUCUUCAGUAAGUUAAAAAUUAUCCUUUAAAAGUGAUGGUGAUAUUCAAGCUCUGAAUCUUUUGAGCUAUGACAGACCAAAAUAACCAGCUGUGGUUGGUUAAAAACAGACAAAGUUGGGUUCUGGAGAGAUAAGAACCUCUUUUAAAAUAGAUAAUGUCAUCAGCAAACAACAGCUAACUGAAUAUACAUUUUUAACUUUUGGGAAGUGAUAACUCCUAGAGUCACAAUGAAAAGUCAAAGAUGAGUUUAACCAUCAGUUUGAAGAUGCUGGUUCCAGUGUGGAAGAAAUGGAAUUCAACUGGGAUGAGUAUCUAGAAGACACAGGAGCAACUGCAGCCCCCCAUGGGUCUUUUAAACAUGUGGAUACAAGUUUGCAGAAUGGUUUUGCCCCUGGCAUGAAGCUGGAAGUCGCUGUCAAGUCUGACCAGAACACCUACUGGGUUGCCACCAUCAUCACCACGUGCGGGCAGCUGCUGCUGCUGCGCUACGACGGCUACGGCGAGGACCGCAAGGCCGACUUCUGGUGCGACAUCCUGACUGCUGACCUGCACCCCAUCGGCUGGUGUCAGCAGAACAAGAAGAUUCUCAAAGUGCCUGAAGGUAUCAAGGACAAGAUACCUGACCAGGAGGAGUUCCUUCAGCGGGUGCUGAAGGGGGCCUGCAGUGCCCCUGCUAACCUGCUGGAGGGGCUUCACAGAGGGAAAAAUCCAUUGGAUCUCAUCGCACCCGGCUCCCGCCUGGAGCUGCAGAACACGCGGGACUCCCUGGAAGCCUGGAUCGUCACCGUGGUGGAAAACGUUGGGGGGAGGCUCAAGCUGCGAUAUGAGGGCCUGGAGGAUUUGGACAAAUUUGACCAGUGGCUCUUCUAUUUGGACCCUUUCCUUCACCAAGUGGGUUGGGCAGCUCAGCAUGGAUACAGCCUGCAACCACCUUUAGCCAUUAGGUCCUUGAGGAGUGAAGCAGAUUGGCAAGAGAUCCUGAAGAAGGUGAAAGAGGAGGAGGAGGAGUCCUCUGUUCCUACAGAUCUUUUUAAGGAUAAGCCUGUGAUCGGAGUGCACUCGUUCUCUGAGGGCAUGAAGCUGGAAGCUGUGGACCCAAUGGCUCCCUUUGUUAUCUCUCCUGCCACAGUUCUCAAGGUGUACAAUGACAAAUAUUUCAUGAUAGAAAUUGAUGACCUGAGAGCCGAGCGCGCGAGCAGCCAGCGCUACGUUUGUCACGUCAACAGCGCCGGCAUCUUCCCGGUGCAGUGGAGCCUGAAGAACGGGCUGCACCUCAGCCCCCCUCCAGGUUACCCUGGGCAGGACUUUGACUGGGCUGACUACCUCAAACAGUGCGGAGCAGAGGCAGCUCCCCAGAGCUGCUUCCCUUUGUUAACUUCUGACCAUGGAUUUAAAGAGAACAUGAAACUCGAGGCUGUGAACCCAGUUGAUCCUGAAGAAGUUUGCAUUGCUACAGUCACCAAGUUAAAAGAUUCAUACCUCUGGCUUCAGCUGGAGGGCUCCAAGAAACCCGUCCCUGAGUGUAUAGUGAGUGUGGAAUCAAUGAAUAUAUUUCCAGUGGGUUGGUGUGAGACGAAUGGAUAUCAGCUCAGGCCUCCUCGCAAAGCAAUAGUAAACAAGCAGAAAAAAAUUGCAGUAGUUCAACCAGAGAAACAAAUUUUAUCUUCAAGGACGGUUCAUGAUGGACUAAAGAACCAGGAGCUGAACUCUUCUGACUCAGUGGUAAUUAAUGGCAAGUACUGCUGCCCAAAGAUCUACUUCAACCACCGGUGCUUCUCGGGGCCUUACCUGAACAAGGGCAGGAUUGCAGAGCUGCCCCAGUCCGUGGGGCCUGGGAACUGUGUGCUGGUGCUGAAGGAGGUUCUCACUUUAUUGAUCAACGCCGCCUACAAACCCAGCCGUGUCCUGCGAGAGCUGCAGCUGGAUGAAGAGGCUGCCUGGCAUGGCCAUGGAGAGACCCUAAAGGCCAAGUACAAAGGCAAGAGCUACCGUGCGACCGUGGAGGUUGUGAGGACAGCAGACCGGGUGGCAGAGUUCUGCAGGAAAACUUGCAUCAAGCUGGAAUGUUGUCCAAACCUCUUUGGGCCUCAGAUGGUGCUGGAUAAGUGUUCAGAGAACUGCUCUGUCCUGACAAAGACAAAAUACACACACUAUUAUGGAAAGCGGAAAAACAAGAGGAUAGGUCGGCCCCCGGGUGGCCACAGCAACCUGGAAGUAGCCAUGAAGAAACCAAAUAAAAGGCGGAAGAGACGAAAACAUUUCUUUGUUCAUAAGAAAAAACGUUCUUCUACGUCCGUGGAUAACACUCCAGCUGGAUCUCCCCAGGGCAGUGGGGCAGAAGAAGAGGAUGACCAGGAUGAGGUGGAUGAAGAGUCUCUGACUGAGGACAGCACCUCGGAGCACCAAGAUGAGGUGUUUGAAGAAUCAGAGGUGUCAGAGAAGAAAUCCCUAUCAUCAUCUCCCACCCAGAGUGAGCUGUCUCAUUCCCUGGCUCAGGACCGAGACAAGCGGAAGAGGAAGCUCAGGACCUUCUCCUUUUCUGAUGAUGAAAAUAAACCUCCUUCACCAAAGGACAUAAAGAUGGAAGUUGCUGAAAAGCUGCAGCUGGACAGUAACCCUCUGGAAUGGAGCGUGGCUGAUGUGGUACGAUUCCUCAAAUCCACUGACUGUGCUCCCCUGGCAAGGAUUUUCCUUGAUCAGGAAAUUGAUGGCCAGGCACUGCUGCUGCUGACCCUGCCCACUGUUCAGGAGUGCAUGGACUUGAAGCUUGGACCAGCGAUUAAACUCUGCCAUCACAUUGAGAGGGUCAAACUUGCCUUCUACCAGCAGUUUGCAAACUGAGGAGCAGCCAAGUUGAGGUGGACCUUUGAAGCACAACUACAAAAACAUGCUCGUUCCUCUCUAGCAAGUAAAGCCAAAUGAACUUAAACUGAGGCCCUGGUCACCUAAGAGUGUGUGUCAGCCUCUAUUUUUUCUAUUUCAACAGAAGGAACACAACAUCUGGAGCAAAAUGCCAAUGCAAACACAGGGGCUACUCUACCAGCUGCCAGCUUGGGAACACAAUAGUCUCUUGCUCUAUGGUUCCCUUUUUUAAUGUAUUUUUUAAUGAUGACAGAAAAGUCUCCUUUUGUGGGAAAUGACAUUUCAAUAGUUCUGUUGGCACGGAACUUUAAAAGGAGAAACGGAUCCUGUUUACGUUCGCAUGUAGGCUGCCAGAAAUAACCUUUCUGUCCCUGAUGUUUCACAGAAUCCCCUGCCCUCCCUGUGGAUGAACACUUGCUUUACCACAGCACUGACUUUGGAAUGUGUUCUUUGCACAUUCGUGUGUUAAUGUUGAGAUUUUUAAUGAAUUUGUUCAUUGUUAGGACAACAAUGUGGCCACAGGGUUCUGAAUGUACAGUAUAGCAAGAGUGUGGUUCCUUUUGAAGUUUUUUGUUUUGUUUAUUUUGGUUUGUUUCACUGUUGUUGGUUUUGCUUUUGUUUUUACUACCUCUGUAGCCUGAACAGUAGAAGUGAUGAACUAAAAAGGGAGGGAACUGCUCUUUCUGGACACGUGGUCUGUGGCUGCACAGCAGUCUGGCUUCUGUGGGCAUGUCCAGAGUGCAAACCAAUGUCAGCUUCUGUUCCAAAGCUUUAGCUGAAACUUCUGUAGGCAUAACCUGGAUGUUUCCUUUUUUCAGAUGUCAGAAAACUGAAUUAUUUUGCACUUCUCUUACAGGCAGGCUGUAGGACAUAAGGAAGGAAAGAGAAAGUGCCUCUGCAUUUUCUGUAUUUGGGUUGUCAGAUUUAUUUUUUUUCUUUAUUGUAUGAAGUUAUUUCCUUUUUCUUCUAGCAAACAAUUGGGCCAUGUACAUAGAGCCUGUCAGCAGACUUUUGCUUUGCUACCUGAACAUCUAUUUAGAGAAUACACUAAGGCAACUGCAAUCAAUAGAGGACUGCAACAUAGCUCUGCCAGUGUUUGCAUUCUGGAAACUCUUAUGAGCUUGACUUUGUAUUUUUAACUAUCUACAGAUGCUCAGGAUCAGACUUGAGGAAAAUUUGGUGGGUUGGCAAGGGAUUUGUGUGCUUUUAUUACAGAAAAGGAAAAGGACCAGUGGGACAUCUUAGUUCCAUCAGUAGAUUUGCAGUAGGAUGAACUGCUGAUUUUAAUUUUCCAUGGUAAUAAAACCCAAUCAGCCACUUGCUGUAGGCCAGUGCUUUACACUUGGAGUGACAGGGCUUAUGUUACCUUCCAUUAAAGGUGUGGGGAAACUCACAUCAGGCUCAAGAUCUGCAUCACAUCAGUGCUGAGUUUCAGCUGGCUUGCAUUCAUUCACUCUGCCUGUUCCCAGAGUUUGGAGGAGCACAGGCAGGAGCUGGAUGUGUGCAGCUCUGCUCCUUUGUCCUGUUCAAAUCCAUCUCUGCAGGAAGCCCCUGGCCUACCAAUGCAUGUGAGUUAGGAAGGUGCUUGCUGCAGGAAUGGGUUUGGAAAAGAUGCAGUUAUUGGGUUCUGAUGAGCUCUGGUCAGAUGGAAUGAUUGGAGUGUCCCUUAGGCCUGGUGUGAUUGGCCAUUCCAGAGCUGUGAGCUGCAGGAUUCAGCAAGGAUGUGGCCUGAGGCUGAGAGCUGAGUUGGCACAGCCUGUGACUUUACCUGCCACGUUGGUGUUGAGGGGGAGCUGCCUCCAGUGAAAGGCAGAGCUCAGUAACUGGGGGUGGUUGCUUUUGCCCCUUAGAGUAACUGCCUAGUCAAGGCAGAACUAUUCACACAAUGAUUAAAAUCACUCUUUUUUUCAUUCCAGAAUCAAACUGUAAAUGUCAGAUUAUUUAUUAGCUGAAUAUUCCUGAGGGAGGGCAGUGUGUAGGUAGGACAAUUUUUCUCCCACAUUGUAAGCAGAGUGUGAAGACACAAUUAAAUUGAAAUCAAAGUGUCCCUUUUUCCUCCUUACACCAGAUAUGUGGCCAAUAAAUGGAUGUUUUGGCUCUUCAUAUUGUGCUUAGAUCAUUUGCCUGUACUCCAGUCCCUUAGGACAAACUCAUUCAUAAGCCAUUAGGCUUGAAAAAAUUUCUAAAGAAACACUGCUGCUUUGCUGUCAGCAUCUUGUCCUGAGAAAUUUGACCAGCAGAGAACUUCUGGGCUGGAAGAUGAUACUUUUGGGUCAGUGCAGUAGAAUUCCCAGAGUUCUGUUGUCCUGAUGCCUGGCAGGAUUGACCUGCAUAGCCAAGAGAUGUUGCUUCCACCUUUCCCCAUGGACAGAUAGAUGUCUUUUUAAGUAGUUGUCAGGAGAGAACAGAGCUGAACGUGUCAUUUAGUGGACCUGUUAACAUGGUGCCUGGGGUUUUAAAUACAAAUGUCAUACUUCCUUUUCUCAGUAAAUAAAGCAGUCAGCAGUUUCAGCCAUUAGUGGGAUACUCACUGGUCACCUUUGGCAUGUUUUAUAGGCUGGAUUUUUCUGCCUUGUUUUGGGAGGCACUGACAGUCUGGUCCCAAUGGGAUCUAUUUUUGUUGAGAUUUUCAAAAGGGAUGUUUUCAUUAUUUGUGAAAUGUUUUUAUGCUGCACACGGGUACUGUACACUCUGUUUCCUGGAAAAAAAUGCACUCUGUUUUAUUGCUGGAUUUAAAAGGGAUAAUUGGGGCUUUAUCUUGAUGGAUGGUGUUUCUACUUGACUCUGUUUCAAGUUCCUCUUUCUCUAUGUGUGGCAGAUGACACAACUGCACUUAAUUGCUCAUCUUACUCCAGUAUGACUUGAAAUGAGCUCACAUGCUGCUUUAGUCACUCUGUUUCUUCAAAACUGGAUUUCGUGUAGCUGGUGGCUGAAUCUUGGAUUUGGUGACAGCAAUGUUUCACCAUCAGAAAUCGCUGGGACUGCAGUAAUUUAGGGUUCAGGGGUUUGUGCUGUCCUCUAGCACAUAAGUCACCAUACAGUACAACAAAGCUGGAGUCCAGGAGAAAGGCACUGAUGUCCUACAAAUAUCUCCAGUACAAGAAAAUGAACUCUCCACUGAGCCUUGUGUACUGUUAAUGUGGCUGGUAACAGGAGUUCACCCUUGGCUUGACCCACUGAGGGUUUGUGUUCUUGCUUGUCAUAUUUUCAUAUGCAUUGUGCAGUCUUGGGUUUGCACAUCGUAGCUUCAGAAACCUGGUGGCACCACUUUGACUGUGCUCAGCUUAGCCUUGUUAGGCAGAAGGAUUUUGUUGGGUCACUGUUGUGUGCUUUCUGCACCAGCUCGAGGAUUCUGUAACAGAGAAGUAUUUGACCUCCAAAAA